UUCGUUUUUUUUUUUUUAAAGGAGGGCAUGUGCAUACUUAGUACAGCAGUUAGAACCAUUAGAGUCUAGAGAAGAUCGUGAUAAAUGGUUAGACAAAAUUGUAGAUUAUGUACGCGUUUCGAGUACCAAUGAUGGAAACAUAGUUACAUACGAGUUACUGAGCAAGGCUCUUAAGUUCUGCUGUAAUUUACAAAUCCUUAAUGAUGAAGACAUAUUACAUGUGACUCCUGCUUAUAAGUUACCUCGCUAUAGAUACUGCCCAACAACAAAAAAGUUUCAAAGAAUAAAAUCAGAAAUAUCCAUGUUUGGUGAUGCCCAGUCAAAGAUUGCCCAGUAUGUUGACAGAUAUACUGUCAUCAGACAACGCAUGGCUAGAAUAAAAACUACAUCUGAUGGUACUCUUAAUCAACCAUUAACAAUCGGUGAUAAAAUACGUGAUGUUGAUUAUCUUUUGAGUUCAGGAGCCUGUAGAAAAUUUGAUCAUAGUUCCAAAAGUAAUUCAAUACUCCUGCUGGGUGUUUUAGUACAAUUGAAAGAAGGAGGUCGACAUUAUUUAGAAGACCCCACUGGAGCUAUACCCCUUGAUAUUACUGCAACAGAUUUCCAAAAAGGCUAUUUUACUGAGAAUUGCUGUGUAUUGGCAGAAGGUCGUUACUGUAGUGAUCGUCGAGUUUUUUUUGUCACUAAUAUGGCUUUACCGCCGUGUGAACGUACAGAAAUUAGCAAAAUUUAUUUUGGGGAAUCAAGCAAUUUUAGUGACAGCAAUGACCUCAACUUAAAAUCGUGUAAUCCAAAAUUGUUGGAAUAUGAAAAGAGUAAAAACCGAAUGAUUGUAUUUGUAUCCGAUGUUUUUUUAGAUGAUCCAAAGGUUCUAAGAAAAUUUCAUACUUUGUUGAAUUCUUUCAAUGAUCUUGCUCCAGUGGCCAUAGUGAUGAUGGGCGACUACUUGUCUUGUCGUAUACCCUCACAUGCAUAUGCCCAGGAAUUGAAAACUCAUUUGAAUCAAUUGGGACAUUUUUUACAUGAUAAUACACCUGUACUUUGCAAACACACUAUGUUUGUGUUGUUAUCUGGUCCUGGAGAUCGUUAUAGUGGUGCUGCAGGUGCAAGUAUCUUGCCAAGACCUUUAAUACCUGAGUUCUUAACUGAAGAAUUUCGUCGCCUAGUACCACGAUGUGUAUUUACAACAAACCCGUGUCGUAUGCAAUACUGUACGCAACAGAUACACAUUAUUCGAGCUGAUGGUCUAAUGAAAAAAACUGCUAACUAUGAUAUCAGACAUGGAUCAAUGGAUCGAAAUAAAUCCACUUCAGCAACAGAGUCUGAUGAUGAUAUCAUUAAGAAUUAUAUAAAAACUUUGGAAAGCCAGUCACAUCUAAUUACUGUUCCUUUGGACGUGUGUCCUACAUACUGGCCACUUGCAUCACAUUCUUUGAGUUUGUACCCAAUGCCUGAUGUUGUGUGCAUAGCAGAUUCCAACGCCCCAGAAUACAGUACUGUAGGUUCAAAUGAUUCCAAUAGUUCUAGCUCGAAAAUGUCAUCAUCUUCAGGUUGCAUAUUUUUCAACCCCGUAAGUAUUAAUGUAGUUAUGGCUUUAACUUGGAUUUUUAUCAUUUAUAUUUUAAUAGUUGAAGUUAAAAUGUUACUAUAUAGGUUGAUCCAUUUAACUUAAGACACUUAGUAUAUC